GAGGUGGGGCUUUUGCGCUCACUUUGAAGCAACAAGUCAACCUGACUGACAGACAGGCAGGCAGACGGACGAGAGACUAACUCCAUCGUGUUUCAGCGGCAGGUGGUCACAGCUACACCGCACACUGUGAAUGGGAAUAUUACCACCCUGGCUUCAGAAGCAACGUUUGCGAUGGACUGACUAGAAUAACUACGUUGAUAUAGUUCAGACUCUUGCUAAAGAAGUAUACAAGUGUUGUUGUUUUUUUUUUUUCGUACGAGCCACGCGUCUCUGCGUGCGUAAUGCUCUCCAUUUAGAGCCCUUCGAUAAUCUUCUUUUUUUUGGUUUCAGCUGGAUGUGUUUUAGUUGUGUAUGAUGGCAUUCGCUAGAUUCAGCAGAAUACUCCGUUUGCCCACGAUUGAAUUAAAAAAGAAAGUUAAGCAGUACGAGCACGUCCACCGGGACAUCAACCCAAACGACUUAUGGGAAUUAAUCGGCGAGUUGGGCGACGGUGCGUUUGGAAAGGUCUACAAGGCCAGGAACAAGGAGACCGGAGUUUUAGCUGCGGCAAAACAGAUCGAAACAAAAAGCGAGGAGGAGUUGGAGGACUACAUUGUUGAGAUUGACAUCCUGGCAAAAUGUGACCACCGCUACAUCGUGAAGCUGCUUGAUGCAUUUUACCAUGACAACAAACUGUGGAUCAUGAUCGAGUUCUGCCCCGGAGGAGCUGUGGAUGCCACAAUGUUAGAGCUGGAUCGUGGACUGACAGAGCCGCAGAUUAAGGUGGUUUGUCGCCAGAUGCUGGAAGCUCUGGUCUACCUGCACAGCAUGAAGAUCAUCCACAGAGACCUGAAGGCCGGGAACAUCCUCCUGAUGCUGGACGGGGACAUAAAACUUGCUGAUUUUGGAGUGUCUGCAAAAAACACCAAAACCUUACAAAGAAGAGAUUCCUUCAUUGGAACGCCAUACUGGAUGGCCCCAGAGGUGGUGAUGUGUGAGACAAUGAAGGAUGCUCCGUAUGACUACAAGGCGGAUAUCUGGUCCCUGGGCAUCACUCUGAUUGAGCUCGCCCAGAUCGAACCUCCCCAUCAUGAGCUCAACCCCAUGAGGGUGCUGCUGAAGAUCGCCAAGUCAGAUCCACCAAGCCUGGACCAUCCAAACAAAUGGUCUCCGGAGUUUAAAGAUUUCCUGAGGAAAGCUUUGGAUAAAAACCCAGAGACCCGUCCGACUGCAAUGCAACUCUUGGAGCACCCUUAUGUGCGAUCUGUGACGUCGAAUCGCCCUCUGCGGGAACUGGUGGCCGAGGCCAAAGCUGAGGUCAUGGAGGAAAUUGAAGACAAUAGAGAGGAAGGAGAGGAGGACGACGGCAUGGAACUCACUGCGUCUCCAGGAAAGGAGCCAUGCCAGACCAGUCAGACUAGUUUGGAAGGAGACCAGUCUCCGGGUCCCCCGAGCCCCACCACGCCCUCCCCCACCACUGCAAUACCUUUACCCAGGCAGGAGUCUGAGCCAGAAUCGGCAACAGAGGAACAGCCGGGCUCUGUCAUGGUGGUCCCUGUUCCCAUUCCACGGCAAAAUGUCCCCCACAAAGCUCAGGAGGAGGCGGAGGAUAAACUUGCAGAUGACGCCACUAAUGGGUCUGAGAAAUCUGAAAGCGAGGUGUCAACGAAGACUUCCAACUCAGAUUCGGGAAUUGAGGAUGGGAAGAGCACCCCAAUACUGGAGGGGGAGAAGGUGGCAGAGGAGACCCCGGAGCCAGAACAGACCCCAGCUGCUCCCCGGGAUGAGACAUCUGAGGAACAGGUUGACAUCAUCAUAGAUUCCACAGACCCAGAAGUACCUAAGAUCCAGCUAGCAGAGGAGAACAGCGUCAUUGCUAAUGGAGACUUAACAACUACGGCUACUACAACUCCCACACCUUCUCCAGUGGCCUCAACUACUCUUACCCCAGUACCUACACCCCGCUCUGGGCUGAACGGAAGCCUAAUCAAGGGAACCCCAGAGCGGACAUCGACAGGAGGAAACUCUGAGAAUAUCCCGCCUUAUAUCAAUGGCAAGAUUAUCACCAAACGGUCCUCUUAUUCCGGCAGCAUGGCUUCAGAGAGCAUGGACAUGUCCAUCAACAAGGAGAUGAUAUCAAUGUCUGCAAGGGACUUCUCCAGUAAGACUCUGAAGCGAACCAGGAAGUUUGUUAUCGACGGUGUGGAGGUGAGUGUGACCACCUCCAAGAUCAUCAAGGACGAUGAGAAGAAAGAUGAAGAGAUGCGGUUCUUGAGGCGUCAGGAACUGCGUGAGCUCCGUUUGCUGCAGAAGGAGGAGCAUCGCGCUCAGGCUGGUCUAAAUACUAAACUGGAAACACAAAGAGAACAAAUGCAAAGACGCUUUGACCAGGAGAUGAAUGCCAAGAAGAAGCACUAUGAUGUGGAGCUGGAGAACCUGGAGAAGAACCAGAAGCAGACCAUAGAAAAGAUGGAGGCAGACCACAAUGUCAAACUCAAGGAUGAGACCAAACGCAUCAAGUCAGAGCAGGAACGUGACUACCACAAGUUCCAGGAUCAGUUAAAACACAAGAAAAAGGAGGUGAAGCAGUCUGUUGACAAGCUGCCCAGAAGCCAACGUAAAGAUUCCUUGAAGCAGAUGAUGAAUUCUUUCCAAGAAAAGAAGAUUAGAGAUGAGAAUAACUUCUUGGCAGCUCAGAAGAACCACCUGGACAACACGCUGCAGAGAAUCAUCACCAACAACAAGAGAGAGAUCGCAGAGAUGGAGAGGGAAUGCCUUAACAGGAAACACCAGCUAGUCAGAGAGCGUGAAGCUACGAUAUGGGACAUGGAGGAGAAGAACCUGUAUGAGAGACAUCAGUUGUUGAAGCAGCAGCUGAAAGACCAGUACUUCCUGCAACGGCAUCAGCUUCUCAAAAAACACGAGAAGGAGCAGGAACAAAUGCAGUGCUACAAUCAUCGGAUGAUUGAGAUUAUGAAGGCUCGCCAGCAGCAGGAGAAGAGUCGGAUGCCGAAGAUCCAGCGCGGUGAGGCCAAGACGCGUAUGGCCAUGUUCAAAAAGAGCCUUCGCAUCAACUCUUCAGGCAAUUCCUCAGAGGACAGAGAGAAGAUUAAACAGUUUUCCCUGCAGGAGGAGAAGCGGCAGAAGUCCGAGAGGCUGCAUCAGCAGCAGAAACACGACAACCAGAUGAGAGAGAUGGUUGGACAGUGUGAAAGCAACAUCAGAGAGCUGCAGCAGCUGCAGAACGAAAAGUGUCACCUGCUGGUCGAGAACGAGACUCAGAGGCUAAAACAUUUGGAUGAACAACACAACCAUCUGCUGAAGGACUGGAGGGAUCAGCUGAAACCCAGAAAGAAGGCGCUCGAAGAGGAGCUGAACAUGAAGAAAAGAGAGCAGGAGGCUUUCUUUAGGAUGACUGAGAGUUCUGAUUGUCCAAACCCAAGUUCACCCAACAAGCUGUCCAGGUUUGUGCCUUACCAAGACUCUUCCACCACGUAGAAACUGUUGUGAUGUCGUUGCCCAGUAUGUCCUGUCCCACUGUUAGCGCCAACACAUAACCAUCAAAACGCACACCUACAGGCUUCACACAGCAGCCUGCUGCCUUUGUUUUCAUUUGCUCAGCUUGUAAAGGCAGCACACCUGUCCCUCCAUUAGGGUUCCCUUUUUGUUUUUCAGUGACUAUUUAUGUUUUAACUCAUUUUCUAAGGUGUUUCUUUGACAAAGGUUUCAAAAUGUGUAUUCUUCACAUGACUCGAUUACAGCCUGUGCUCCCAAAGAGUCUUUCUUUUCUUUUUUCUGUUAACGUCAUAUUGAUCACCAGUGAUCAUUCAACUCCCAGCAUGGGAAGGGAAUUUACUCCCACACUAAGUGGAAGAUUGUUUUUUUUUUUUAAAAACCUGUUGAAACGGUAACAAAGCACUUUCCACCGAUCCCAAAUUAUCAGCAACGUCUUCCAAAAACAACGACCAAAAAAUGAUUUACCAAAACGUUUCCUGUUUGGGAUUUAGCAGCUGAAGUCUGCCUUUAUUUAUUUUAAGAACAACCUUAUCCAGAUGUAUCACUGUAAAUGCUAAGUUAAAUAUUUGUCUCUUGUUUUAAACCAACACCAAUCAUAUGAAGGAUGUGCUUUUAUUUUGUAUCUUGUACCAAAUGAGGGAUGAGGCUAUAUCAAGAUCAGACUUUUAGUUUUUAGUUUUUUUUUUUAAAUGAUUACUUUUAAGGUGAGAUUUUAACAGAUAAGGAAAUCUAAUUGUUAAUCCCGAUGUGUGUUGCUUUUGUAAUAUAGAUUUCUUUUCUGUCGUACUUUUACUGUAAAAUCAGUCACACUGGAUGGGAACUGACAAAGCCAAAGCGAAAUACUGUUGUCCUUUUUUUUUCUUUUCUUUUUUAGGACGUGAGGAAGUUUAAGUUUGAAUAAAAAUAAAAAAAAGAAAUGUAUUCAUGAUAUUAUUGUGCAGUGAAUGCACCGCCUGCUAACCAAAGUGCAAUAUUCCAUGUCCGUCUUUGCUAAGCUUCAAGAGGUUCUUUUUCUUACACGUUGCCUUCCUUUGCACUGAGAGGAGGAAUACUAUGAAGAGUUCAACUCCAAAAGCAGAUGCGUCACUUUUUUUCAAAAUGAAAGUAACAGCUUUACCUAAUUAUUACAUCCUAAUAUAUAUAUAUAUAUAUAUUUUUAAUUAUUUGUGAAGGCAAUCAUUUCAGGGUUUGACUUUCAGAUGAUCACUUUUGGAACACAACUCUUCAUAUCAUUUGAAAGGGAGAGCAACGAUUUUGUCUGCUGUCAAAUGCCUCGAAAUGUAGAAGUGAAACAAAAUCCUUCAGUUUGCAGCGGCGGAGGAGAUUGUUGCAUGUUAGGUGAGAGGUUUUUUUUUUCCUGCAUAUUUAUAUGGAGCAAGUCCUGCAUCAGGUACAUCUUAAUCCCUCUCACCCCUACUCUCACAAAGUCUCCCGAAGUGUUCAAACUUGUUGUGAAAAUACUUAUUUUUUUUUUUUCCCUGUCCUGCUCAAUCUAUGCCUUCCACUCUGCUUCGGUUUACAUGAUAUUAUUUGAAUAGAGGGAUUGUGAAUGUGAAUGAAACUGUAUCCGAAGGAACCACUGUUGUAAAUAACUCUUAAUAAAAGGCAGAUUUUCUAAA